UUCCUCCGCGUGACAUUCUCUCCUCUCGUCUUCAUCCUACGCGGAAAGAAGAGUUUUCGCUGUUUUAAAGCUGCAAACUUUCAACUUAAACUUUAUCAUCAUGGUUGAGCAGUUUGUCGGAAACUGGAAGCUGACGGCCAGCGAGAACUUUGACGACUACAUGAAAGCAAUUGGUGUCGGUUUUGCAACGCGGCAGAUGGGCAACAUGGCUAAGCCCAACUUGGUGAUCAGCGUGGAUGACUCCGGCCUCGUCACAAUGAAGUCUCAAAGUACCUUCAAGACAACUGAAAUAAAAUUCAAGCUUAAUGAAGAAUUCGAUGAGACAACCGCAGAUGACCGAAAGACUAAGACUAUCGUCACUCUUGAGAAUGGCAAACUUGUGCAGAAACAGACUUGGGAUGGAAAGACUACAACACUGGAGCGAGAGAUUCUGGAGGGGAAACUAACAGCUAAAUGCGUCAUGGAUGAUGUUGUUGCAGUGAGGACCUAUGAGAAGGACUCUUAAAUGACUAGUUGCUGAAGGAGCUUUGCAAACAAAAUGCCAAUAAAGUCUUUAAACUGCAAUAUGUGACGCUUACAA